GACUGCAGCCAGCGGCCAGCGCGAGGGGGACAAGACCGGCGGACGGCGGCAACGAGUGCGAGACAGCGCGGGCGACGACAAUGGCGCGGCGGGGCACGGAGUUCUUCCCGGACCUGGGCGCGCACUGCGACGAGGCCGAGUGCAACCAGCUGGACUUCCUCCCCCUCGAGUGCGACAGGUGCGGCGGGUCCUUCUGCGCGGCGCACCGCACGUACCGCGACCACGGCUGCGCCAAGGCCGCCGACCCGGGCCGCACCGUCGUGGUGUGCCCGGACUGCGGCGACUCCAUCGAGCGGGCGUCGCCGGGGCAGGCCGACCGGGAGAUCCUGGACGCGCACGCGCGGUCGCGCCGCUGCGACCCGGCGAGGAGGCGCAGGCCGCCGCCGCAGUGCCCCGCGCCGCGGUGCAGGGAGGCGCUCACGUUCACCAACACGACACAGUGCAAGGGGUGCUGCCUCAAGGUGUGCCUCAAGCAUCGGUUCCCGGCGGACCACGACUGCGACGGCGCGGCGGCGGGAGGCUGUAAUGCCGCCUUCCACGGUGCAAUUCGCGGUGUGCGUCGCCUAUACAGGCGAGUGAAGUCUUUUUGGCCUGGCCAGCGAGCCGACUAUAUAUGUAUUGAGCAACUCGAUUGAUUUGGCAUCGAAGAAAUAGAGCAGAAACAAUCCAUUGUCCUCGUA